GGCACGCAGAAGUAGAGUUGAUACCAGCGAAUGGACAGAUGAUGAAAGUCAGCAAUUUUCUCCACAUCUGAAAGAUCACCCGGACAAGUGACGAAUAUCUGUCACAUAUUCGAUACCAGAACCUUAUAUAAUGGACGUAUAUUGCUGCAGACGCUUUCGCUGUUUUGAUACGAUUCAAAUUGACAGGGAUGAACAACUUGCUAGCCUUCGGUAAUGAUGUGCCCCGUGCUCGAGACGUUAGCAAGCUAGAUUCAAAUUAAAUGUGUUGUCAUUACUUGAGAAAAAAAAUCUGUCGAUUUGAGAACAAAAUAUGUGGGGAUUACUGCCGACUACGGUCAAUUGACGAAAUCUGACUGAGUUGUGAAAGCCUAAAUGCUAACUAGCUAGCACACCAGCAUUCCGAAACCAGCGCUAGCCAGCCAGCUAGCCAGCUAGGGACAAGGCACGGUUCUGUGCAGGUUGCUAUGGAAGAGGUGGCGCUAGAACCACCGACGGACGCGCUCUGUGAAUGUAAUGGAGGUAGAACCACCAACUCCGAAGAUCCCAGACCUAAAAGCCGACAUCAUCAACCCGAACUCGGACCGAACCGGAGUAACUUUUCUCGGCUGUGCAGCAGGGACGAGGCGGAGAGGGCAGAGGCGCUGGAAGAACUGACCCAGAGCGUCAUGUCCCGGUUGGGUCUGGACCGACCCAGCUCUGCUCGUCUCGAUAAACACACACUCCUGCAGCUGCUGCGGGUCUCCCGGUCCUGCCCCUUACAGGAGGUCCGCGAGAGGGCAGCGGAACUACUGCGGACUGCACAGGAGCAAGGUGUUGAGAUUCCUCAGGCUUUGGCUUCCGGUCCUAGUGCCUUCAUCCCUGCACAAGUGAUUUUGGAUGAGGGACCAGAUCAGGAAGUUCUGAUAGAAGCCUUCCUCUCAUUGGGUCAUUUUGACCACAUCACCAUGGUGAUGGCCCUUCACCCCACCUACCUCAGCUGCUUCCUGCGUACCCAGCAUGCUUUGCUGGAGCUGGAUGGCCCGCUACCCCGCCCCUGGAGGCACUACAUCGUUGUCAUGGCUGCAGCUCGUCACCAGUGUUCCUACCUUGUCCAACAGCAUAGUGCAGGGUUCCUGGAGGCAGGGGGGGAGGAGAGCUGGCUGGAGGGGCUACAACACACACACCCCAAAAUACGCUGCCUACACACACUUAACAAGCUGCUGGCACACAGACCCUGGCUCAUCACACAACAGCACAUACAGGAGUUGGUGUGUCCUGGGGCGGAUGAUCGUUGGUCAUUGGCUGAACUGAUCCACGCAGUUGUUCUGAUGACUCACUCUCAUUCGCUGUCCUCCUUCGUUUGGGGGUGUGGCCUACACCCUGAGCCCGACCACAUAGGAGGCCACGCCUUCUGCCCACCAUCACCAUCCAAUAACAUGCCACAAAGCCCUCACAGUCCCGCCCCCGAGGACGACAAGCCAGAGGAUGGAGUGACGGAGGUGGAGGCAUUGAUGAAGAGGAUGGUGGAGGUGCAACAGCAGGUGGAGGAGUGUAGUCAGGAAGAGAUGAUCACUCGCUUUGAGAGGGAGAGGAGCGAGAGCAUACCUACUGCAGUGGUACGGGGAGCCCCCUCUGACUUGGUGUUGAGGUUAGUGGAGGAUCCAGAGUUCAUCUAUGAAGACUUCUCCAUCCGAGGAGAACAGUCACCUCCUACCAUGAGAGCACAGGACUACUCAUGGGAAGACCAUGGAUUCUCCUUAGUGAACAGACUGUUACCAGACAUGGGCCAAUUACUGGAGGAGAAGUUCCAGGUUGUGUGUGGUCUAACCUACAACAGGAUGGCGAUGCACAAGGAUGUGGACACACACACACUCCGCAAGGCUCUCUGGAACUACAUACACUGCCUCUACGGAAUACGGUACGAUGACUACGACUACGGAGAGGUGAAUGUGUUGUUGGAGCGAGGCCUCAAGAUGUUUGUGAAAACGGUAGCAUGUCAUCCAGAACAGACUACAGAUAGGAUCUACUCUGCCUACUGGAGACUCUUCAGACACUCUGAGAAGGUCCAUGUCAACCUGCUGCUGAUGGAGGCUCGACUACAGGCUGCUCUACUAUACACACUACGGGCUGUCACACGCUACAUGACAUGACUACGGGCUGUCAGACACUACAUGACAUGACUACGGGCUGUCACACACUACAUGACAUGACUACAGGCCUGUCACACGCUACAUGACAUGACUACGGGCUGUCAGACACUACAUGACAUGACUACGGGCUGUCACACACUACAUGACAUGACUACGGGCUGUCACACGCUACAUGACAUGACUACGGGCUGUCACACGCUACAUGACAUGACUACGGGCCUGUCACACGCGACAU